AAACGUUUGGCGUUGUCUGUGAGACUCAAGAGGGGUACGUUGUCAGCACUACGACGCUUCCACCGACUGUGGAGAUUUCGUGGGUGCAUAAGCGUUGGUACGUUAUCUUGAUUGCAAUAUUGGUGCCGGUUAUUGUUGCUGUCGCGAUAAUCACUGUCUGCUUCUGCCGUUCUUGCGGUGGCCACGAUGAAUCGAAGUGGGUGGUGCACAUGGUCUUGCGGGAGGUGAACGGUGAGCCCCUUCAUCCAAUUGACGGGGAUGGUGGAAUCUACAACGAUGACAGCCCGAUGAUGCGCUAUUCAACGUUGGGUGAUGGGGUGCCCAUGACUGCUCCCUCUGGAUACGAAAACGUUGAGGUCCCUAGGGUGAUAAAGAAUCAAGAAACCACUGUGUACGAUGACGGGGAUGUGCUUUAG